AUGGACAACAGGCUCCCUGCCAAACAGUCUUCAACAGACAUCAGCCGGGACCUUCUCAAACUUCAUCUCCGCUGUGCAGGAAACAGCUCCCCCAGUCAUAGAGUCGCCAAGAGAGAUAUGGCUCCAAGUAGCUUCAUGCAUGCAAGCACAGGUUUUGGGCGAGAGGGCGAGUCUGCCUGGUUGGAGACAGGGAGGAUGACCCUUCGUCGGUCAUGCCAUGCCCAGUGUCUGCAGUUUUACUACUUUCACUCUGGAAAUGAGUCUGACCAACUCAACAUCUGGAUCAGGGAGUUUGAUGAUGAGGACGACUUGACUGGUCACAGCAAGAUGGUUGGACAGAUUACUGGGGGCAGCUUUGGGAAGAGUCCUGGGGGUUUUCCUUCCCACCAGUGGGCGGCGCAGUGCUGGAAGUCGUCUCUUGCACCUUUCACUACGACGACUCCUGAACAGACGACCAACGACAGCAUUUUCGGAUCAGCUCCAGGAUUUGUGCCCUCUUUCCUCUUGACCCUGUUGUCAAUAGCGAUCGUCUUCCCUCUGUUUCACUGA